UGUGCCGACAACAUUCUUCUGUGUUGUUGCUACUUUCGGGGUUUUUUUCAUAGACUCGCGCCUAUAACGGUUUUCUUUGCGGUUUUUUUUUUCUGCAAUAGAGAUUUUUCUUUGCUACCUGGUGGAAUUUUUCUUUUUUUUUUUUUUUUUGGAUUUCAUUGGUGGUUUUUUCCCACUGGUUUUUUUAUCGCGCGUCUACCAUUUUUGCUGUAGGCGAGGAUGGGUGAUCGUGAGGAUCCGCCCGUGGUUCCGCCUGAUAGGGGCAGAACGAAGAUAUCCCUGGGUACCAGGGAUAGAAGUCGGAGCAACAGCAGGAAUAAAAAGAUUCGGAUGGAGGAAUCUUCAUCGUUAGAAAACCAGGUGAAACAGAAUGCGGUCAUAUCACAAAACCCUGUAAACUCCCAGAAUGAGGCUUCUAAUGCGGUCUUGAUGUAUGAUGCUGAUCAUAAGGGCCCGUAUGUGGUUUAUGUGGACAAGAUCAAUGAAGGAGACAACAGAAGUCCGAUGAACACGAUUUCCUUAUCUCGGUUGAUGGAUAAAAUGAAUAUCGUUGGUUUGAUUGAAGUAAAUAAAAUUGGUUUUGGUCGAGCUAAGUUAGUAUGCAGAAAUGCUUUUUCUGCGAACAGACUAGUGUCGGAUGAGCGGCUCCCAAAAGCGGGUUAUCAGCCAAGAAUAUUACCACAUUUUGUGUCGAAGAUAGGCAUAAUUUUUGGAGUACCAACGGAUAUAUCAGAGGAAGAAUUAUGCAGAAAGAUAACAUCAGAGAAGACGAUUCUGAAAAUUAAUAGAGUUAUGCGAACUGAAAAAGGUGAGAAAUUUCCAACAAUGAGAAUCAAGAUAUUGUUCAAGGGUGUUGAAAUACCAAAAUCAGUUAACUUCUAUCAAUAUUCAAAACGAGAAGUCAAACACUACAUUUCUUUUGGUCAAUGCUACAGAUGCUAUAGAUUCAAUCAUUUUGCUCAGCAUUGCAAGCAAAAGGAGGAGAAUUGUAAGAAAUGUUUUCAUCGUCAUAAUGAGGAGGAACAAUGUGCGCAAGAGCUGAAGUGCAACAACUGUGCAGGUGAACAUGUGCCUACUGAAAGAUCAUGCCCUGCAAGAGAAAAGGCGUAUCAAAUCAAAAGAACUAUGACAAUAGAAAAUCUGUCAUACAGUGAGGCCAGAGUGAAGUAUGCAGCUGUAUUCUCCAAUCGUUUUAGUGUGCUCAGUGAGGAUAUGGACAGGGAAUUUCCAGAUGUCAACAUGAACAGAAGAAAGAAGGCAGUAAGGAGUGAAGGGGUUAUAAAUAAUACCGCUGAAUCUGCGAGACACAUACACUCAGUUAGUUCCUUUGCAAAGGUUGCAAAGGUUAAUGAGAACAGAGUGCGUGAGGGGGCAAAUGCCUUACGAACUCAGCAGGAGCAUCAGCAGGCGCUAAAUGGCGAGGCCAGUUAUGUGGCGCCAAAUGGAGUAGCUCUUUUGCCUACUUUCGGCAAGGUAUCAGAAUAUGAGAAGGCGUUAAGCGAUAUGUCGUCACAACUGGCGAAUUUUGCACGGAUUGGUGUCAGUGGUAUAAGUAAUGAUCAGCGACUAAUUUUGGAGGACUUACGUCAGAAGAUUAACAGUCAAAUGGUUAACAUGGAUAUAUACAGAUUAAGGGCAAAUUCUGACAGAAUUGUGCCUAGUGGUAUUUAGAA